ACAGCCGGUGCUUAUUACAGCCCAAGACCACACUGCAGGUCACCGUUCCCAAUCCGAUCGAGAUUGAACGGAACGCCGCCGCCUCCCGCACGGCCCACCCGCUCCGUCUCCAGUCUUCCCGGCCGCCAGGCACGACAAACCGCCGUCCAUUCCCCCGGCAGCCGGCGCGGGGGUGGUGCCUUGGAGAGGUUCUCGCCUCGAUCGGGUCCCUUCACGGCUCGCUUAGGAGUAAUUGGUUAAUUCUAAGAGGAGCGCCAUCGUUGAUGAGCAUGGAGCAGAGGCAGCCAUGAGGUCAGCAACAUCCAGUCAGUUCUUGUCGCCGUUUUAUUCCUAGUUCGUGCAGCACAUUAGGGCAUGGAUGUUUGCUCUUCAGUUUUCACCAGUUUAUAUAUACAAGGAUGUCUAGGGCUGGUGAAUGAAUUCUGUCCCAAGUGAAUUCCGCACUUCAGGUGUCACAUACUAAGAAAUUCUCCUCCGGAAGCAGCGAACAGAGGCACCUAAGUCGACGCGGGGCGAGUCAUCGGGCAAUUUUCCACCUUUCCUGCCUCGUUUGGCUGCUCAUUUGGUGUCCAUCUCAUUGGCAGCUUCGCGCCACCUGUUCGACGGAAUGGCAGAGAGGCUCUGCAGCAAGAAAGCGGCUGUGGCUGCUGGCGAGGACCGCUUAAGCACGCUGCCGGAAGAUGUGAUCCAUCUCGUGCUGUCGCUCCUGCCCUCGUGUCAAGCCGUGCGGACGUGCGUGCUCGCCACCCGCUGGCGCACCCUCUGGAAGUCCGUGCCGUCUCUUCGCGUCGAUGCCGAUGAUGAGGCCUACCGGUGUUGCCAGGACCUGAAGCGUUUCAUCGAUAGCUUUCUUCGCUGCCGUGACCCAACACCUCUGCACGAAUGUGAGAUCCUUUUUGACGAUGAUCGGCGCUCGGAGGAGUUUCACCAAGACUUUGAGCUGUGGCUCCGUUAUGCCGUGUCGCACAAAGUGAGGGUUCUCCGAUUUGAAAUCCUAGCUGGUCAUGAUCCGUUGCAGCUAUCUGCCGGGGCUGUCAUCUCGGAGCAUUUGACAACCUUAAUUCUUCGUUGCGUCGAGUUUGAGGAUUUCUCUCUGGAUGUUUCCGGCUGUCAGUCACUUGAGGUGCUGGAGAUGCACGAGUGUGUAAUCAACAUCGGGACUGCCUUACCGAAAUCCUUAAAGCAUCUGACAAUCAGAGAUACAAGUUUUGGCUCUCAGGAUUCCCCCUGUCUUACUUCUGCGCCAGGUCUGGUUACCUUGGAAGUUGCUGACUGUCAUGGUUGGACCCCGUUGUUUAAGAGCUUGCCAUCACUAGUUGCGGCAUUUAUAAACACCGAAUAUGUCUUGAAGGGUUCUUGCGGAAAUAGUUUCAAUGGGUACUGUGGUCAUGAGCAAUGUGUGGUGUGCCAUGGUAUAGCUGAUUUUGUGUUUCUUGAAGGUUUGUCGGGCGCUACGAAUUUAGAGUUGACAGCUGAAUACUUUAUGAUUUUCAGAACAGAUAUAGAAUGGUGCCCUAUGUUUAGCAGGCUAAAAACAUUGUUGCUCAGUGACUGGUGUAUGGCUCAGUACUUCCAUGGACUAGUUUUCUUUCUCAAGCACUCACCGAUUCUAGAGAGGCUUACCCUUGAACACUGUACUUUAUCUAAGCAAUGGUAUGAUACCACGACUGAAACCUACAAGCCAAAGGACAAAUUCUUGGUAUCAAAGCAUCUCAAGGCAGUCGAAAUCAAUCAUGUGAAAGGUGAUAAAAGGAUUCACCUAUUAUUGAAGGUCCUUGCUUUCCAUGGAGUAUAUUCAGAACUAAUAAACUUUAAAGAGAAGUAUACUUCUUAACGCUUCAGUUUCCAGCAUGAAUUGUAGUUCAGACCGUCUACUAUGGCUUCUCUAUCCAGACGCCCAUGUCCAUGAAUGAUUCACCAUAAGGUACUCUGCGUGUUGUCAGCUGAGAUCGCGCGUCUGCCCAUCAUGUCUGUUCACAUGAACUCGUGUCCUCAACCCGGCCAGACUCAGGCACUCAAGCCUGACCUGAUUAAAUUGCUGAAGUCCAACGUUUAUUUCGUUCUUUCAAGUACAACUUCUGUAAUAAGGAGUAGCAUCUAAAGACUACUAUAAAGUAAACUUUGAUGACACCUGGAAAGCUGUUUUAGUUGCUUUGUGGUGAUUGUUUGAGUACCCUGCAUAGGUUGCUUCAAAUUUGUUCAAACCUCUGACACCUUGGUCGGUUUAAGUUUAA